GGGCAUGCAGGAUCUUAAAAGUCUGAAACGAAAAUGUCCGUAAAGCGGGUUGAGUGGCAGCUGAGCUGGUUAGCACUCGAUGAAAGUAUUGAGGACACCGUGCAUCUUCACUUGACGAAAGAGACACAACGCGUUCUGGGUUGUGCUAUAGGCGAAGACGUCUUUCUUGAGUAUCCGUGGGCGUACAUUCCCCAGCAUCUUGUGAAAGGUUUGGCAAACCAAGAUGGCUCAGGUCUUGAGUCUGUUCGCGAGAGAAUCAUGAAAUACGAAGGGGAGUAUUUCCUUGUCGGAUACGCCUCAACUGAGCUGGACUCCACCAGCUACGUCAUCUGCUCGACGGAAGAUGCUCGCGACAGGAUACGCCGUAGGAAUCGUGAGAUCACCAUGAAGAUCAUCGCCAAGGCUGACAACAUGGUUCGCAAGACUGCCAGACCCUGGGUAUCUCGUGGCAGCGAGCUCGAGGUCGACCAGACCUUCGCUGUCAAAAGUAGGCCACUGUUCCAGGUUGAGAUCUGUUUACCGACUCAUCUUCUGGGAGAGACUCGCCAGCUGGCCGGACGUUCCGCCGAUGAUGCCAGAGACGGUUACAUUAAGAUUGUUCCUCGUUUUGAAAAAUUUGACAAUAUUUCUAUGAACCUAAUAUCCAAGUGUGUUCAGACUCAUUUGCCAGGGCAGGAGGUCGGCGUUCAGACGUAUCCUGGAUACCCAAAGCGUGUUUGGAGUCAAUAUGAGUACGAGUAUACGUUUCCGGAAAUGGAGUAUAAGGACGAGGAUGACCAAGAGGAAGAAUUACAGGAGGGAGAAACUAUAGAGAACGUAGGAGAGGACAAAGACGUGACAGUCGAGAGGAAAAAACCUUUGGAAAUAUUUUUGGAAUCUCGCGCCAACGAGAUGAUUGAAAAUAUCAGAUACAACGCGGCUAUCAAUAUGUACAGAAAUGAUAUUACUGAGCUUGCUCGUGAUCCUUUACGAGAUACUGUACCUAAAAAUAUUAUGGUUUACGAAGAGUAUCAAUCUUUUAUUGAUCUUGCAUUCACGCAAGGUAAAAUUAUAUCUGACGUUUCUUGGCAUCCUUGUCUCACAGGAACUGCUGCCGUUUGUUACACACAAGUUUCCGGUUGUAGUUUGAUACAGAAAUUAACGGAAGCCCGUUCAACCAACUGCGAUCUAAAUUCAUCCGCGUUAAUAUGGUCGUUUUCGGAUAACUUGCAUCCAAAAAUUGUACUUGAGGAUUUUAGGGAAGUUCAUUCACUGUCUUUUUGUCCUUUUAGGGAAGAUGUUAUCGUGGGAGGAUGCACAAACGGACAGAUUGUUAUCUGGUAUCUUGCUGACAGUUUGCGAAGUGUUCUUGAGAAGCAGAGUGAUACGGGUGAUGAGUGCUCAGGUUCAAAGAUAUUAAGGUUGCCCGUGAUUGCCGCUUCUAACAGACUUCAAUCUCAUUCCUUAUGCAUUCGAAAUAUUCACUGGCUUCCGACGAAUUAUCAGGUAGAGUCUGAUGGUAAAUUAUCAAAACUUACUGAAGAAACGAGUCUUCAGUUCAUGACAAUAUCCGAAGACGGUUGCAUUGCAUUUUGGGAUCUUUGCUGGCAACCAGUAUCCAUUUCAUCUCCCAAGCUAGUCAAAAUCACAUUGAAGACCGUUAAUACUCUUACCGAGAACAAUUUGAAAAAUUUGGACGGUAUCCUCAAACCGAUUUACCGUGUGCAUAUACAGGUUACAAAAGAAAGUCCAAAUUUCAUACCGCUUAGUCUACAGGCAUCUGCUCCCAAUCGUUUUUUGGAAAAAAUCUAUCACGAUAUGUCUGUAGAGGAUCAGUUUGAUCUUUCCAAGGUUAAAAGGUUCUCCAUUGAAUUGGACAGAUCGAAAGACACCUUUACGAGAAUGUUCUGGAUUGGAACUCUGGAAGGAGAUUUUCUUAUUUGCACCUGGGAAGGUCACGAGUUCAGUACCGAAGUGGCAUCUUCUGAAAUUUCCAAAAUAACAAAUCGAAGUGCAGCUCACGAUGGUCCCGUCAUUGAUAUAAAGAGAUGUCCUCAUAUGCAUGAAAUUUUACUAACUAUUGGUGGUCACGUGUUCGCCGUGUGGAAAGAUGACUUUUUGGUUAGUCCGUUAUUCUGGCGAAGAAGAUCCUGUCGUUAUACAGCUUGCAGCUGGAGUAAUAGACCGGCCAUUUUUUUAGUAGCCAGACACGAUGGCACUCUGGAGACUUGGGAUAUCCGUUUUGAUACCAGGGAGCCAGUAUUCUUGCAGACCAUUUCCGGCAACUCUAUAACGGGACUGUAUUUGCACGUGUUGCCGGCUGCGCGGAGUCUCAUUGGCGUUGGCGACGGCAACGGCGCCUUUCGGGUGUUAGUGGAACCAAAGGAAUCUGCCGAGGAACUUACCGACAGGGCGGCAUGGUUUCGCGAAUUUGUGACUCAUGAAUUGUCGAGGAAGCGGGAAUUUUUAAACUGGCAGAACGAGUAUCUGAAGAGUGAUAGUAAAGCGCUGGAACGAAAGUCUGCGAGAAUUGCCGAAGAAGCCCGAAGGAAGCAUGAGGAAGCUCGGGAAAGAUUUCAGAAAGAACAAAGAGAAUUGGCAAGGAUUGAAGAGGAGCGCCGGUUACGUAACGUGCCCAUGUCGAAAGCGGCUAUUUGGAAACGUGCCGAUCAUGAGAGGAUGAAGACUGUUUUGCUGAAGAAGAAGAAUUUUGUCCCGGAGGAACUAGAAGUGGCGAGACGUCCUUUGGUGUUACAGCAAGAGGAGAGAAUUCGAAAGUUGACUAAAGCCAAAAAGGAAUGCGAGCUCCAUGAAAAAUAUUUUUCUGCUGCUGUAUCUUUAGAAUUUCCUGAUCAGCAGAAACGUGACUCCAUAACAGGACCAGUUCUUGGAAAAAAUCACGAAAUGAGCUUAUUAGACAUUCGCGAAAUGGAUAAAAAAGAAUUUUUCAAAAUUCAAAAUGAAUUCAGUAGCCGCAUUAAGUUGGAUUCCAAAAUUCCGAAAUUCGAUUGGAAUUUUGCAAUGAGAGAAGGACGCGAGAGACUAGAUCGCUCGAAUAAUACAGAAUUCUCAAAGAGUUUAAAGAAAAGGGAACGCCUGUCACGUGUACUCCAGAAGAGUAAACUAAAAGAUGAUGAAGCUGUUUGAAGUUCAUCCUAAUACGAUAUUUAGACUUUUGAAUAUCUUAUCUUCAAAUGUACUUGCUAUAAUUUGUAUGAGCUGUGCGACCCCGUUGAACUAUUCUGCCACACACUGGUUUUUAUUCGUCGUAGCGACAACAUUCAUAGCAACUCUCAUCUGGGUCUUUGUUUACGUACUGUCAAUCCGGGAAACAC